CGGCGUCGUUUCUUCGCAUUGGCUUUGUUCUGCUUGGCAAAGGAAAAAUAAAAACAAAUGGAAAACAAAUCUGAUUUCCUUCCUUAUUGUUAGUUUUCAAUAUAUGGGGAAAAAGGUGUUUACAACGGCAAUCCAAAGCUGAAUAUUGCAUCUACACAGAACUGUGGAUUGAAAGAACGUUUGUGUUUGUUCGAGUGAUAUCAUUUGGCAAAAAUAAUCUAUUGACUGCAUUUGCAAACGAAAUUUUCAUGGCCAAUCAGAUGGGUGUAAAUGAGUUGCCACCGCUGUAAUGGAAAACGAAAUGGAAGACACUUUGGGCCUUCAUCGCCCCAGAGAACGUACACUCUCCAAUAUGUCUCAACAAUCUAGUCAAAGCUUAAAGAUGAGUUUUCCCCUAAUGACGAGUGAUUCUGGUCUAUAUACGUGCAGUUCGAAUAAUAGUGACAUUACUAUCGAAUCUGAUUCCGAUUCUUGGAAUGUCAGCUCAAGUUCAGCGAAGGAUAAAAAACAACUUGAGCUGGCUAUGCGGGACGUGAAGAGGCUUCGCAGUGAACUGGAGAGACUAACUAAGUCCGAACAUUGGUACAAACAAGAAUUACGCCAGCAGAAGUCCACCAGAUUGGAAGAUCUCGAGAGAAUCUACACGCAAGAGAGGAAAUACAUGCAAGAGAAUCAGAGGCUGCAAAAGGAAUGUUUGCGAGUCUACGAAAAGUGUACCGAGUUAGAAAAUGAGCUACAAAGGCACCAUCAGGCCACAAAAGAAAAUAUUGGCGACGACACGCCUAUUGUGAACGAUGAGCUAACACAAUUCGAAAUGCAACAGCAGUCGGCGCUAAUAAAUGACCAACAACAGUUGAUUAGCGUUUUGAGGAAGCAGAAGAAAACUCUUCUGAAUGAUCUUAAAACUCUUACAGAGGAAAAAGACGAUAAAGUUGUGGAGUUGCAAAAACACUUGGCUGACCUGGAGCUGGACAACAAACGCAUUACGAAAAAAUGCACUAAUUUAUCGAAAGAGCGUUCACAACUGGCCCAUAAUCUGGAAGAUACAGGCACAAAGCUUUCAUUGGCUUUAGACGAAAAACUGAACUUACAAAAGAGUGUAAUCAGUCUACGGGAGCAGUUGGAAAUACAAGCACAGCUUGUCAAAAUGAAGGAAAACGAAAUCACACAACUGCAAGUAGAUUUUAGAGAUACAUUAAAGCACGAAGACAAUCUAGAUAAAGUCCAUAGUCUAAGUUUAAAGUAUCAGGAAGACAUUAACAGUAAAUCAUUAGAAAUUAUCGAAUUAAAAAACCAGCUCAGUUAUAUGCAGGAAGAAUUGGAAAACUUACAACAAUUGCAAGCACAAAAUGACGAACAACAAAGGCACAUAGAGCAACUCAAGUUUUCUCUGGAAGCGUGCCAAUUAGAGUUACAGGGAAUCAAAAAGUCUGAAUUGCUUAAGUCCGAACAAAUACAAGAAUUACAACAGAAGACAGAAAUGCUUCUCCAAGAGAAUGAUGAAAGGCACAAACAGUUGUUAAGACAAAGACGAGAUUUCGAUAACGCAUGCCAGGAACUAAAAACCACAAAAGAACAAUAUUCGAUUGUAAAUGAACGCUACAAAGAGACUCAAUUCAAAUUGGAACUGCUAGAAAUUGAGCAAAGCAAGCUAAGCUUCCAGAAUAAAAAUGACCAGGAAGAGAUAAAACGUCUUAGACUGAAGCUCUCAGAAUAUCUACACCAGACCUCAGAGCUGGUUGAAAAAAUGCAAACGCUGGAGGCUGAACUAAAGAAGGUCGUUGACGAAAAUGUUGUCCUUAAAUGUGAAUUUGAAACGAUUAGAGUCGAACUACGUCCUUCUAAAACGGAAAACAAACUAAAUUCACGUGAUUCAACAGAAUUCAAUAAUGACUUUAGGCAACUUUCAAAGGAAUUUGAAAGACUUCAAAAUAUUUUGGACGAGCACAGCGCCUUGAUGGAAACACAGCCUUUGCAACAAGAAUGCUUGAAGUUCCCAGAUGUACCAAUUUCCAACGAUGAUGAGUAUCUGACGAACCAAUGCAAAAAGUUGCGAGAAAACACAGAUCUUCUACAAAGUAUUUUAAAGGAAAAACAAAAUUGUAUCCAUGGCUUGAACACAUCGCGCUUUCAACCAAAUAGCGUACACGAACAAUUACUCAAUGAAAAUGAGUCUCUUAAGAAGCAAAUAUUCGCAAUAGAAAGCGAAGCUACUUCUCUUAAAAUUAAGCAAGACAUAAUUGACAAGACGCAAAGGUACAAUGAAAUGGAAUCUCUUUUGUGUAGGCAAGAGGCCAAGGAAAAAGAUUUGCUGAGAAAAUUGCUAGCCAACGACUCAAAACUAUAUAAAUUGGAAAAACAAUUAAACGAGUUUCACGAAACAGACGCUCUGGUACAAGAAUUGCAAAUGGAAAAUCGGCUAUUGAAGUGCAGCUUGGAAGAAGAAAGACUUCUGAAGGCUGAUUUGAAUACACAACUGAUACAAAUUAAGUGCCAAGUUGAAACAAUGAAAGAAACGUUGGAGCAGUACAACUGCAAGCAGAAAAUCACUUUUCACAAAGCUGUUCAAUGCGAUGAUUUUGAGGAAAAGGAAGAUGUAUAUCUUCAAGUUGACCAGCUGAAGAAACAAAUAGACGAAUUACAACAGAAACAAAGUCAAUAUGCCGAAAUCGAAUUGCACAAAUCGAACGAACGUUUGCAACUUUUGCAAAAACUAUCCGACUUACAAAGCUCAAAAAUGCAAAGCCUACAAGAAAGUCAAAAUGAUUGGGAAGAUAUGCUAAGGGCGAUUAACACAGUCCAGAAUUUGGAAGAAGAAACCCGAAGAGAACUCGAAUUAAAAAGAAUGGAGCUGGAAGAGCUUAAUCACGUUUUUGCGGAGCAAAACGAAGAACUUAAAAAGUUGGAAGAAUUUACAGCUUACCUAGAAUUUAAGAGACAGCAAGAAAGAGAACAGCUUAAAGAAACAUUCCAAAAGGAAAUCUCUGUGAUGAAAGGGCAGCUAAAUGACUAUCAACAAGAAGUUGAGAAUCAACAAGAGGUCAACCGACAACUCCAGCAACGAAACGAUAGAAUUCAAGAAAACUAUGAUGAAGACUAUGCGAUGGAAAUCGCCAAUUACCGAAAAGAAGUGCGUUCACUGAAAGCCCAGGUACUUAGAACUACAAAUGAAAAAGAUGAUAUGUUGGAACGCAUAAAAGAAUUGGAAAAUGAACUGCACACGAUCAAACAUAGCCAAAGAGAAGCUAUAGUAAUGCCGCACUUCGCUAUAGAUGAAGAUUCCAACAGUACUGAAGUAAACAGCAACAUGUCCAUUCUUAAGACCAGUGGCUUUGACGAGGACCAUUUGCGUAUUCUGACGAAAGUACUGGAAGCGGAAUAUGCGCGAAAAAUGCAAAGAUACGACGAACAUAUACACUCAUUACUCACAAAUGUCAAGGCAUUGAAGAAAUCACUUCGGAACAAUGAGGAAAAAACUGCAAUUUUGGGUGAGGAACAAAGUAGAGCAAAUGAGGAGCUUAAAGACUUGCACACCACCAAAAGAAAUUUGGAAGAGAUGCGUUUUAAAUAUGAGCAAAGCCAAAGCACAAUACAGAAACUCAGACGUGAAUUGUCUUUGGAAAGAAAACGGUUCGAGUCUUCCGAUAUGGGCAAAUCUUCGCAGAAUGAUAUGUCCAAUUAUGAAGUUGCUAACCUGAUUGAUGACUAUAAGAAGUUAAUACGACAAUCGGCUUUGGCGACAAAGAGACCAUCGAAUAAUACAAUUCAUGAUCUAAUCCAACGUAGCAGUAAGUGUGUGCCGAAUUUCAAAAAUUUAGAAACAAACAUUGGCGGUUUGCGAUGCGAUCUACAAAACUUCUUGUCUAUGUACGCCCAAAAGAUGCCCUCCUCUUCGCUUAUAACUGCUGCUUCCUUGACUGUCCCUCCCUCACUGAUGGACGAAUUAAGAGCCGCUUCAGAAGGCUUCUAAACUAUCCUACAAUCCUCCACCCAUUCUCGACUAAACCCUACUGUCAAGUGCCAAUAGUAUAAUUUUAUUGUACAAACUUAACCUAUUUAUUGUAUUUAUAUAUUGUGUUUACCUAUUUGGUAUUUUUGUUUCCUUUUACAGUUCUGUUGAAUCUUGUGUUCCUGUUAUUUAAAUAUGUAAUUACCAUAAAAAGACAAAAAUAUACAUUUACAUGUUCUGAUCCGCAUUGAA